AUGGCUGCUGCCGGUGGACAGCCGAUGGUCGCCCGGAUGGCCAAUGUUCUGCCCCACGAUGGAGGUCAGGAAAUGUCCCAUCUCUCAUAUGAUCUCGAUCUCGGUCAUGCAAUCGGCCGUCACAUUCAUUCGGAUGCCAGCCAGAUGUCAAGCUACACUCUGGGCGUGAGAGUAUCUGGCGGAGAUGUCAAGUCGCCAUCUAUUCAGAAGUCAAGUCUAGGACACGUCAACGGAGAAUCCAGUCAUGGACAAACCUCGAAUGGUGAUCGGGUCCUGAACAAGAUUUCUCCUCAUGUCUUCCCUUCACGACAUCUAGACUCUGGCCAGCGUGCUCAUUCUUCGCAAACCACACAGCCCAAUGAAGCUCUAUCAGGCUCAAAGCUGAACGAGGCCCUCGAUUCUCGCCCCCCGAAUGACAGCGCGGCUGAGGUUCUUCGCCUCAAACAAGAAUUGCAGGCGGCCAAUUCGAAGAUCGCUUUGCAGGAACAAGAGCUUGCUCAAACCCGUAUCAUGAAACACACACUUGAUCAAGCUCUUGGUCCUCCAUCGGAGGCAGACUUCAGUCCUCGAGAUAUCAACGAACCGACUUUGACAAGCCAGCAGAGAGCGGCGUUCAUGGCCUUCCGCCAAGAUCAUGCUCCUUGGGCGAGUUCAAACAGUCCACAGGCAGAUGCAGCCGAUGUCGCUUCUACCGAUACCUACAAUCGGUUGCGGGCACGGCUACUUCAAGAUGAUCAGCAAGCUCCUGAAACGAAUGAGCUUGGGCGUCCAUAUGAUGGGUCUUUCGCAAAUCCAACUGGUAUGUACCAUUCACCAGAACGCCAGGAUGCGAGUCGUUACUGGGCAACUGCAUCGAUCUAUCCUACUGGUGUUCCUGCUCAGAACCACAUCGCACCACCUCGCACAACUCCCACUCCUACGAACAGCGGAUACGGUCUUUACCCUCGUCAGCACCCGGAGCAACCUUCGACGCUUCCAGCGUUGAAUGCUACCCCGACUCAAGUCAUAACGCGGGGGUUAUACUCUCAAUCUCCAAGAAUUGCGGCCCAUGGCAAUCAGACUUUCGGCACUGCUUUCAACGACACCAACUCAAAGCCUGCAACUAUUGCAAGACCACCUUCUUCCAUGGCGUUCCCACAGUAUGGAAGUCAUCCUAUAUCCUCAUACCAGACCGCACCUGGCGCAACCACUUUGUGUCCCACCGCUUCAGAGUUUACCGCUACCGGGUCCAACGGCUCUCUUUGGAUGAGCUCUUCAGGUCCGGGCAUGUCUGCCAUACCAACCUAUGUCUCGCCUUCAGAACCACCCAACUACAGACGCCUCCUUGACAAAAAUAUUUCUUGCGACUGGAAAUACAUCGUGGAGAAAAUCAUUUGCAACAAUGAUCAGCAGUCAUCUAUCUUUUUGCAGCAAAAGCUCAAAGUAGGUACAGCGGAGCAAAAGUUCGAGAUCAUUCAAGCCAUCAUCCAACAGGCAUACCAUUUGAUGGUCAAUCGAUUUGGGAAUUUUCUUGUCCAGCGCUGCUUCGAGCACGGAACGCAGGAUCAGGUCAUUGCCAUUGCCAACGCGAUUCGAGGGAACACGGUGCGCCUGAGCAUGGAUCAAUUCGGCUGCCAUGUCAUCCAAAAAGCGUUUGACUCGGUUUCUGAGGAGUUCAAGAUCACCAUGGUAAACGAACUACUUCGCAGUGUUCAGGAAACGGUUGUUCACCGUUAUUCCUGUCAUGUGUGGCAAAAGCUCUUUGAACUUCGAUGGAGUGAAGAGCCUCCACAGAUAAUGACGAAGGUGAAUGAAUCACUGAAAGGUAUCUGGCAUGAGGUUGCUUUGGGAGAAACAGGAAGUCUUGUGGUGCAGAACAUCUUCGAAAACUGUGUCGAGGAAGAAAAGCGACCGGCUAUUGAGGAGGUGCUCGACAAGAUUGAUGUUCUGGCUCACGGACAAUUUGGGAACUGGUGCAUUCAGCACAUCUGCGAGCAUGGUGCUCCUCACGACAAGAAUCGCGCCAUCGAGCAUGUGAUUGCUCACUCUGUCGAUUACAGCAUGGAUCAGUUUGCAUCCAAGAUCAUCGAAAAGUGCCUGAAGAUCGGAGGCACUGAGUUCUUGGACCGAUACUUAGGUCGCGUCUGUACCGGUCGUGCCGACAGACCGCGAAUGCCACUCAUUGACAUUGCUGGUGACCAGUACGGAAAUUACCUGAUCCAGUGGAUCCUGACUCACGCUGCCUCCCACCAGCAUGAGAUCGUCGCGAGUCACAUUCGUAAACACAUGGUGUCUCUCAGAGGUUCCAAGUUUGGCUCGCGAGUAGCUAUGCUCUGUUGCAAUCCUUCUCAUGCAACCCGACCAGGGCCCGGAACAGGAGUCCAAAUUGGUCGCUACGGCCACUUCAAUGAGGAUCGGUUCGGCUCAGCUGCCCCUAACACUAGUCGUUACCAUCGUGGUAAUCAGUGGAAUCCGAACUAUCCUGCCUACCGCUGA